UUGAAAGCCCAUAAUCCCAUUUGAUAGUCUCGGAGCGAGAGAAAGGAGAAGAGUAUAGAGAGAAUCAGGCAUCAUCUCGGGGCGGUUGGUCUUAUUCUUCUCUCUGUACUGUGUGCGAUAGAAAGAUGUGGGCAAGUGCAGAAGGAGGAGCUCCAGAGGUGACUCUGGAGACUUCAAUGGGUGCCUUCACUGUCGAGCUCUACUACAAACAUUCCCCCAGAACUUGCAGAAACUUCCUUGAGCUUUCUCGUAGAGGCUAUUAUGACAAUGUCAAGUUCCACCGAAUUAUCAAGGAUUUUAUAGUGCAAGGUGGGGAUCCCACGGGAACAGGAAGAGGUGGGGAAUCUAUUUAUGGUUCAAAGUUUGAUGAUGAAAUAAAACCUGAGUUGAAGCAUACUGGAGCUGGAAUUUUAUCCAUGGCUAAUGCUGGUCCCAAUACUAAUGGAAGUCAGUUCUUCAUUACCCUCGCUCCUUGCCCUUCCCUGGAUGGAAAACACACAAUAUUUGGAAGAGUAUGUCAAGGGAUGGAAAUCAUCAAAAGACUUGGAAGUGUCCAAACUGAUAAUACUGAUAGACCCGUUCAUGAAGUAAAGAUUCUAAGGUCGUCGGUCAAAGAUUAAGGGGCAUAUGUAGCUGUUAUCAGCCAUCAUUAUCUGCUUCUUAUGCACACUGGAGCUUCUGUUCCUUAACAAUUUUGUUAUAUGCUAAAACCUUGUAAUCGGCUUGCAUUUACUCAUAGUAAUGCGUUUUUAGAAUAGGAUGAAAAAUUUAUCCCGAUUGACCUCCUUUUGAUUAAAUUAAAUAUAUUUUUAACUCU